AUGACUGAUGCAUGGAGUGAUCGGAAGUCUAGAAACAUCAUGAACAUAGUUGUACAUUCUGUUGGGAGGAUAAGGGAGACAAAUGUGGUACAAAUAAUCAUUGAUGGAGCUUCAAAUAAUAUGGCGGCUUCUAAGUUGUUGGUCGAGAAGAGGCCAAAUAUAUUUUGGACGACUUGUGCUGCACACAUAGUGAAUUUGAUGUUGUCCGGUAUAGCUAAGAUAAAACACAUUCGUAAUGCCAUUAUAAUGGGGAGGAGUGUAUCAAUGUUCUUAUAUAAUCACACCAAGCCUCUUCAAUUAUUUAGGGAGUUUACUAAGGGUAAUCUUGUGAGACAGGGAGUUAUGAGGUUUGCUACAGUGUUCCUUUCUCUACAGUCAUUAAGAGAUCAUAAGAAAGAGAUGAGACAAAUGUUUAUUUCUGACCAAUGGACAGAUUGUAGCCUUUCAAGAACAUCUGUGGGCAAAAAGGUUGCGAAGAUAAUUGGUAGCAACAAGUUUUUGGAUAAUAUAGACUUUGCUCUCAAAGUAUUCACUCCUCUAGUGAAGGUUCUUCGAAGAGCGGAUGGUGAUAAAAUCGGUUCGAUGGGAUUUAUAUAUAGGGACAUGUUGAUUGUUAUGGAGGAGUUGAAAGUGGCCCUUGGGGAUGAUGAGAAGAAGUACAAUCCCAUAUUGAAAAUGAUUGAGCCGAGAUUUAAGAAGAAUCUUUGUGAAACACUAUAUAAAAGACUCUAUCCCGAUGACCAUGCAACUUUCACAAAGAUUGGAGAUCAAAUACCUAAUUAUCAAGAACAACUAAGGUCAUUUGGGGAUCAAUUUGCGAGGCGAAGUGCUACUAAGGAUGAUUGUCCGGUUACUUGGUGGAGGCUUUAUGGAAAUGAUACUCCUGAGUUAAAGAAGAUAGCAAUGAAGAUUUUGGGCUUGACAACUAGCUCAUCGGCUUGUGAAAGAAAUUGGAGUACAUUUGAGAUGAUUCAUACGAAGAAGAGGAAUAGACUAACUCAUAAAAAACUUCAUGACUUAGUCUUUGUCAAGUUCAAUGCAAAGUUGAAGAACAAGGAUGCCAUUAUAGAUAGAGAUCCUUUAACCGCCUACGAUAAUGAGGAAAGGGUCACCGAAUGGUUGUUGGGUGAGGAGGGGAAUAAUAGUGAUGAUGAAGUAUUUCCGGGAGAGUGUUUAACUUUUAGAUGUAUUGUCGUGAUUGUUAUGUGCGUGCUUGAUGUUGGGUUUGGUCGUGGUGGGGGAGGGGGAAGUGUGGGGAUUGGGUUGAGCUGGGCUGGGACUUCUCGACAAGGUGGAGUUGGUGAUGAGGAUGAUGAUGAUCGGGACUGA